AUGCGAUGGCCUCCAUGGAGUUCCAAGUCAAACAAUGACGACCAACAACAACAAAACACCACUUCCGAAAGCUCCUCCUCCCUUUCCACGCCCACACCGCAAUCCCCCAGCUCUUUUCUUGGUUGGUCCGACUUCAUAGAACCUAAGACCAUAAUUCCUACUAUCCUCCUCACAAGCGGUAUCCUACUCGGCGUUCGUCUACACCGUAGCUACCUCCGGCGCAUCCCCGACGCACCUAGCAUCUCGCCAUCCUGGCUGCGCCGCCGCACAAUAUUCGGGAAGGUUACCAGCGUUGGCGAUGGAGAUAAUUUCAGGAUCUAUCACACACCCGGUGGACGCUUAGCUGGCUGGGGCUGGUUACCUUGGAAGAGGGUUCCCACUACUAAAAAGGAGUUGAAGGAUAAAACAAUCCACAUUCGUCUAGCUGGUAUAGAUGCCCCUGAACUAGCUCAUUUCGGUCGGCCUGAACAGCCCUUCGCUCGCGAUGCGCACGCCUGGCUUACCUCGUACCUACUUGGUCGCCGCAUACGUGCAUCUAUCCACCGACAAGAUCAAUAUAACCGCGUUGUAGGUAGUGUGUCUGUGCGGCGCGCAUUCGAUUUCCCGCCUUUUCGACGCCGGGAUGUUUCUUAUGAGAUGCUGAAACGUGGACUCGCGACUGUUUACGAGGCAAAGAUUGGGGCUGAGUUUGGGGGUCCGGCGAAUGAGAAGAAGUAUCGCAAAGCUGAAUGGUGGGCAAGAAAGAAAUAUAAGGGCUUGUGGAAGGAUUACAAACGAAUUGGGUCGGAUUGGGAGAGUCCGAGGGCAUAUAAGACUCGAAUGGGGAUGGGUGAUGUGGAUAGCUCAGGCAAAUCGAAGUAG